UGCAUGCCAGCGCGACCAAUGAUAUCACGCGUGUGUGCAUCACUGGGCUCUGGGCCACACCUUCGUCCUUAGCACGGCAGCUGUGGCACAGAAACGCCUCGAUCGAUCCUGCAACUGCGGAGAGAAUCUCGUUGUUUUGUAUAAAUAAUCAAGAUGGCGAACCAGUACAUGACCAAGAUUGAACUCUCUAUAUCUUGCAAAAACCUUCUAGAUAAAGAUAUUGGAUCAAAAUCUGACCCACUGUGUGUCCUGCUGCAGAGUGUGGGGAAUGACCAAUGGACAGAGGUGGACCGCACAGAGAAAGUGAAGAACUGCCAGGACCCAGAGUUUUCUAAAAGACUGUGCAUUGAUUACCAUUUUGAGAAGGUGCAAAAACUAAAGCUAGGGAUCUACGACAUUGACAACAAAUCUGUUGACCUAAAAGAUGAUGACUACUUGGGAGGCUUUGAGUGUAACCUUGGCCAGAUUGUGUCAAGUAAGAAGAUUACCAACCCCCUUAUGCUCAAACCCGGCAAACCAGCAGGCAAAGGCACAAUAACGAUUGUCGCAGAAGAAGUGAAGGAUAAUCGAGCGAUUGUGCUGGAAAUUGAAGCCAAAAACUUGGACAAGAAGGAUUUAUUUGGCAAAUCUGAUCCUUUCCUGGAGUUCUUUAAGCAAACUGAUGAUGGCACAUGGCAGCUAGUCCACAGGACUGAGGUCAUUAAGAAUAAUUUGAACCCAUCCUGGAAGAAAUUCACAGUUUCUUUACAUACAUUCUGUAAUGGAGACCUGAACAAGCCAAUUAAGGUCCACUGCUUUGAUUAUGAUAACGAUGGCUCACAUGAUCUCAUUGGCGUUUUUCAAACUAAAGUGGCUGAGCUUCUGAAAGUAGACAGUGGUUCUGCGGUGGAGUUUGAGUGUAUUCAUCCAGAGAAGCAGAAGAAGAAAAAGAGCUAUAAGAAUUCUGGCGUUGUCCGUUUCAAAUACUGCAAGAUAGAGGCACAGUACUCAUUCCUUGACUAUGUGAUGGGAGGUUGCCAGAUUAAUUUCACGGUGGGAAUCGACUUUACCGGCUCUAAUGGAGACCCUCGCUCCCCGGAUUCUCUACACUACCUUAGUCCUAAUGGGGUAAACCAGUACCUCAAUGCAAUCUGGUCUGUGGGCCUCGUGAUCCAGGAUUAUGACAUGGAUAAAUUGUUUCCCGCUUUUGGGUUUGGCGCUCAGGUGCCUCCGAAUUUUGAGGUGUCGCAUGAAUUUGCUCUGAAUUUCAAUCCCAGUAGCCCUUACUGCAAAGGAGUGGAGGGCAUUGUACAGGCAUAUCGCAGUGUUCUGCCACAGGUGCGUCUGUACGGCCCAACUAACUUUUCCCCCAUUAUCAACCACGUGGCCCGUAUUGCUGCAACAGCAGCUCAGCAGCCAACUGCAGGGCAAUAUUUCGUGCUGUUGAUCAUAACUGAUGGAGAGAUUACAGAUCUGGACCAGACCAAGCAGGCCAUUGUGAACAGCUCCAAGCUCCCCAUGUCCAUCAUUAUUGUGGGUGUUGGUGAGGCAGACUUUAAGGCCAUGGAAGUACUGGAUGGAGAUAACGGUGUCCUUAAAUCUCCUAGCGGAGAACCAGUGGCACGAGAUAUAGUACAGUUUGUGCCUUUCAAAGACUUUGCCAAGGCUCCCAAAGAAGCUCUAGCCCAAAGUGUUCUUGCUGAAGUACCUAAUCAGUUGGUGUCUUACUUCAGGAUGAGGAAUCUGAACCCUGUCAACCCUCCUGCUCCUAGAAAAUAGAGGCAGGUGUAUGCAGGAUUUGGAGAACCACCGGGUUCAGGGGAGAGCUUGUUAUGAAGAACAUAUGCAAUGAAUUAUGUAAUGAAAAUAAUGAAUGACGCAUUAGCCUUCAUUAGCCAUAUUUUCCGCUACCUUUUUUCUGCUCUUUCACUGUAUUUACACUUUCCAUUUGAACGGUCAGUGAUGAUUUUUAAGUUCUGGAUUAUAGUCUAGAUAUACAAGUUUUAGGAUCCACAACUGACCUUACAAUGCAAUAGAUAAUUAAUCCACCAGCAUUCCACCUUCAAGAUGCAUUUAAAAGUAUAUACUUUAGAGGAAAAAAUAUUUCAGAAAAAAAAACCUUUUUUGAUCUUUUUAUAUUGUUUGUUAGGGCUUUGGGUUUCACAGCAUUAAUAACAAUGAACUACUCAGUAUAGCAUGCACUUGCAGCUUCAGCCAUGUAAAAAGCAGUUACUCCAUUCCCAUAAAAACUAGGGGGACAUGAAUAUUUUAGUAGAACUUAUUGAUCUCUGUUCAGUAUCCUGCUUAACUUUCCAGAGCUGAAUGCAGUGUUGUGAAGAAUUAUUAUAUAUAUAUAUAUAUAUAUAUAUAUAUAUAUAUAUAUAUAUAUAUAUAUAUAUAUAUAUAUAUAUAUAUAUAUAUAUAUAUAUAUAUAUAUAUAUAUAUAUAUAUUUUAAUAGAGUACUCCUCUAGUUACUCUUAUUUAAAGCAAAGUAUGCCAGUCACUAUCAGAAUAAAAUAUAUAGCCAUAGGAUUGCCCAAAGAUAUAGGACUCUUGGAUGCUGGGCCAAAAUUAAUUGCACUUCAAUCAUUUUCAUUGUGUAGUAGAAAGAGUGCCAAAUUGGAGAAUAUAAAAUUGCUUCCAUUGUAGUAGUGCACUUGGUCUGACGUAUAUGAAUGCCAACUUUGCCAAACGUAUUUGUUGCACUUCUCAAUCACUAUAGAGCCUGAAAGAUUCCUUGUGUUUCCUUGUAAUGAUGACUUUGUUUAGGUCCCUAAAGCAAAAUGUGUAGAAAUAGCAACUGUUCGUAUAGCUCAUGUUCUGCACUUUCUUUAAAAUGGUCACCAUAAUUGACCCAUCAGCACUGUGUGUAAUCAAUGCAGUCAUGUAGAUCAGUCAGUAUACUAGUGCCACCCCAUAUAUGCAGAUGUUUGCACCUUGACAUGCCUUAAUCAAAGUGUCAGAUAUUUUACACACAAUAUACUUAAGCUUUUCAAAAUAUAAUAAUGCUUGCCUUAAAUAGCAAAGUCUAGAGGAGUUCUUGCUGUUAGUGUCUUUCUCUCUUGAGGCUGUUCUGAAUGUUUGACAAUAAUGGGAGUUUGACAGUAUUUUACAGUUAUUUCCUCUGUCAUGUGCUACCUUUGUGUGUGUAAAAAUGCCACUCAGGCACAGUUAUCUCCUGCAUCUCUUUUGACUACACAGUUCUCAGCAUUGAAAUAAAUGAACUCUGCUCAGUUGUCA